UUGUGUAAAUGUUUUGCUUGUUGCAGUUGCUGGCUUGCUGCACUUUUAAAUUACUUUUAUCUAAUUUUCUUAUAAUAAAAUCUAAUUAGUCUUAUCAGCAUACAUAAAUAAACGAUUGUUUUAUUCAAAAAGUGAUAAAAUAAAGAUGUGCUACGUGAUUAUUACCGGGCGCAGCUUAGCGUGGCUACUGCUGAGUGUAGUUGCAUUUAUGUUAAUACUGUCCGGUAUUAUGACCCCUAAAUGGUUAAUGGGCCAGCCUGUGAUCACUAACGAUCAUAAUGUGACUUCCUUCUAUGUCCCUAGCGUCGGGAUAUACAAUAGAUGCCUACGAAUGAGGAAUGACAUGAAUAAUUGUGCAUCUUUCUCGUUCUACGGCCUGGCGACUUCGGAUACAGUCUACCCGAGACCAUGGAAAGCGUCCAUGUUCUUUUUAUCAUUGUGUGCAGCGGUGCAGUUUGCGACGGUGUUAACUGGACUGAUGGCGUGUUGCGUACAAGCUGUGUUCAAGAAGAGUGUCGUGUCGUUGUCCGGUGCCACUCAAGCUCUUGGAGGUCUUUUCGGAGUGCUGGGUCUGCUCCUAUACCCUUGGGGAUGGGGCGCUGACCGAGUGAAACGUCUCUGUGGGGAGUAUUCAGAACCUUACAUACCUGGCGAGUGCUCUAUUGGCUGGGCGUUAUACGUGACCGCUACGGGUGUGGCCCUAGUGUUUCUAUCCAGCGCACUAUCCAAGACAGCAGCGAAAGCAGCCAACUCGGACAAGGUACAGUUCCAAAUGGACGAAGGGAAGCAGCUGAUCUGUUUGGCUUGAAAACCAUUUGGUAUACGGUAAACUGCCAGUCAUUGGACACUAGGGUGGUCCUUAUUUUUCGACUUUUGAAUUCUCCCCGGGGCACUUUCUC